UUCACUGAAGAGUUGGAAAAGAACAAAAGCAAAACACACGGGACCGUGUUCGAGGGACUAGCUAUGGCCAUUAUCAGAGGAAGAUAUUUUGCUAUAAUCCGUGUCAUCCAAGCACGCAAAAGUUUAGCAUAUUUGUGGGGUAAUUUGCAGUGCGUCGAAACAAACCUUCAAACACAUGCCAUAUAAACAAAACGAAACAAACAGGUAGGCGUUUAUCGUGUUUUUCUCGAGCUCCAGAAAUCGUGUCCCAGGUCCAACGUGUAUAUGCUUGCAUGCGUAUUUGAUGUCGAGAUCAAAUAUCGUUGCUCACAAUAUACUUGACAUCCAUUCCAUCUCUAGAGACGCUUGACAUUUAUAUUAGUGGCGAGUAUGUAUGGUAUCUAGCAAGCUCUCAUUGCGCCCUGCGUCAUGCAGAAUAGAUGGGGUCACGAGACUGUUUAUUUUUUCUGGUUUCCCUGCUGAAUUAAUUAAAUGUAUGUAUUUUGGGGUUACGCCCCCUUUUCUUUCCGGUAUCUGUCAAUUUAAAAUAAAAAUUUGGCCAAAUUGAUAUACUAUACUAGCAUUGUACCCGUGGCGCAGGCAGGUUCAAAUGGGCUAUACCUUGAAUAGAUUGAAUUGCAAUGAAAAUAUAAUGCAAUAUCAAAGGAGCAAUAUCGAAGAGACAAAUUAAACCAACCAUUUGUCCACAGACUCGGACCCUGUGGCGUGCUGUAUGCGUGCAUAUAAAAGUAAAUCAAUUGGUCCGAAUGAGAUGAUGAGGCAAUGUGAAUAUACCUCGUUCCUUAGUCAGCAAUAUGCCCCUUUUUAUACGGAGAUGAAGGAGAACCCAAUUGCACUAUCACUACUAAAACUUUAAAAUGCGUGCUCCUCCUACAUGUAGCAUGAUCUCGGGCAAGGCACUUAGUCGACAGGCAAGCUAGAAGUUCAGCACCGUGAGCAGCUCCUUGAUAAGGCCAUGCCAAGUUCAGAGUGCCUCUUCAGAUACAUCAAGUUUUGAAAGCUGUGUGGUGAGCACAUAAACAUACCAUUGUAACAUUAAUUUGAAAAUCCCUUCAUAAUCAAGGGCUAGCUCUGGCUAAUACAGUACCAAUAUACGAUAGACCAUCAAUUUGACCCCAGCUCCUUACUGCGGGAAAACCCAAGUCCAGCAACCAAAAGUAUCAAAAUACAUUUUUGUAUAUCUGGGUUGUCUUGGUCAUUCUUAUGAUGUCAUAAAGGGCCUAUUGUGCUGAAUGGAAAUGCGCGUAACAUUGCAGGGCCAAGCGACUAAACAUUACGGUGUCUGAAUCAUUCUCAUAUUCUUUUUCACUUUAGUUUCUUGCCACUCCAAGUAAAAAUUGUCGUAGAAAUUUGGAUCCCCUUUUCAGGGAGAUUCUGCCACUUUUUCGAGUUCCAUUGAUGCUCCUGUUACAUCAAAUUUGAGAACCGCCAGGGUAUUGGGAAAUUAGCUGGGAUAGGGCACCAGUUCAUUAAUUCCAGGUGGUGGAGAGUGACUUUCCCAGUCCAAUCCAUAGUUUUCCAACAUCCGUAUUCCCAGUGCCAACGCCACAUAUUUUUAAUUGACCCAUUUUAUACAGCAGCGAGGGAGCCGAUCAAGAAAGGAUUGCCUCCGGUUCCUUGAGGCAGAAGAAUAAUAUACUCGGAAUGACACCAAUCGAGACGUUACCAAGAGAAAAUGUACCUCGGCCACAGUGGGAACCCGGAGUGGAGAAAUACUACAGAUUGCCGUACCAACCGUGGACAUACUACGCGAAGAGCAUCCUGCAACUUCACAACGAGUCUGGAAACGUAUGGACCCACUUCGUGGCUUUCUUUUUCUUCAUUGUGCUUAUUUACAAGUACCAUCUGAUCCUAGAUUUCAACAGGGAGGAAACAUGGCCGCUACUCAUGUUCGGUGUCAGCUGCAUGUGCGCAGCUUCCGGAAGCAGUAUGGCGCAUCUCUUUCACUCAAAGUCCACUUAUGUUCACUACAUUGCAAUGGCCUUCGACUUUGCUGCAGUAAGCCUCUACAGUUUUGCCAGUGUCUGCAUAGUCCUUUACUACAGCUCCGACGACGAACUCCUGAUAUCCUACGGAAAUCUUCUCAUGCCUUUGAACGCCGUGUUGGCUUUUGCAGCAUGCUUCGGCUGUUCUCAUGGGAACACGAAAUACAGCUUGCAUCAUCAUUUACGACGUAAACUGUGGUAUUUCAUUCCAGAAGGAAGCUUCUUUGUAGCCUGCCUUGCCCCUGCUGUGAUCCGCUUCGCCAAGAUAUCUUCCUGGGACGCUGCCCCCGUCGCCGAGGUAGAAUCAUACAGGUUACAUCUGACGUAUUUUUCCUGCUUUGCAUUUGGAUCUUUUUUCUUUUUCUCUCACAUCCCGGAGCUCCUGUUCCCAGGAAAAUUCGACAUCUACUGCCACAGCCACCAAAUUUGGCAUUUCUUUGGACCAGUGACCAUUUACUUCCAGUUCAAGACCGCGUAUGUGGACAUCAACAACCGGCAGCGGGAUCCUGCUGCCUUGGCUCAGCUUCCCUCCCCCUCUGCGCUGUGGUUGUACUUUGUCGUUGUUGUAAUCGUCAAUCUGUUAUGCAUUGUAUACAUUGCUCACGAAGCCCGGAAGGUGGUCGACAAAGAACGACUUGAGAUUGUUCAGGACAAAAACAAACCUGCAAAACAAAAUCCUAUUGACCAAGCUGAAAAACAUGCAGACGUGUUGGGGGCGACAAGUCCCCGGUCUCGUAAGAUCACUGCAAAGUCUUGUCAGUCUUUUAGCGAUUCAUGUUUGUAAUCUACAUUUUAUCACAUUUUACCACACAUUUUACCAUUGUACCUUAAAUCUUAUUUCUGCACUUUUCUCGACCUCCAAGGGUUGGGUUAAAAAAAGGAGAGUACUAUAGUAACUGAUAGGCCGUUCUGUUGACAGGGUGCGGAACGAUUCCGAUUGGUUGAUUUAUGGUGCACAACAAUUCCUAUUUAUGUCGUGGCAUAAUUAUGAAUUUUGUCCACUCGCGCCAGCCAUAUCCGUGGUGUACGAAGCUUACAUGAAUGGAUCGAAACCAUCAUGAGCAAUCAGUAGGCACAGUUAUCAUCGAGUCCAUGCAAGUAGACUUAUUUCAUAGUUUGUUAAAGCCUUUCUGUGAUUUCAAAAUAAACUUCACUAAAACCUGAACCAGGAGGAAACAAUGUUGCUCCAAUUUUCAAACUUAUGACUGACUUCCGAUUGGGAAUCGGUCAAUUAGAAGACGCCUAUCAUGCUUGUUAGGCAUGUGGCUUACAUGGCUUUCGAAUACCUCAGCAGAAGUCCAAAAUUAUUGCUUGAGGAAAUUCAAGUUGCGGCUGGACGCCAAUUAUGCGCGCGCGAUCUGAAUGAGACAAUUGGACGUACAAAAAGUUGCUGUGAGUGUGAUCAGCAGAUCGAGAAAACCAGUCGAAACUGAGACAAUCCAUGACGUUUUGAUGCUUACCUCGAUAUUGUUAUACAAUAUGUACCAGUUUUAAAAAUAUUUUACUCCGCAUAAUAAACUUUAUCAGUAUUACCAAG